AUGGGGCUAUUGCCCCACUUAACUAAGGCAUAUCUAAUUAUUACUGUGCUAUUAUGGUUUAUCACAAAUAGCAAGCGAUCAUAUACAUAUGCAAGAGAUGUAUCUGACAAGAUUAUAAAGAAAUUUUUUCAAAAAAUGGAUAGACCCUUGUGGGAACGAACUCUUGCUCCUAGGGAUGAGAUUGCUAUUGUGUGUCAUUUGCUUUCAGGAAAUAUAGCAAAUUGCCUGAAAUUUGAAGACAGGGAGAUAGAUGGUGCAAACCCUGGUCAUGAGAACUAUUAUGGUAAGAAUUUCCUUUUUGAUCAAUUAAGUAUAUUAGCUAUUAGAUAUUUUUAUUUUUUAGGAUAUUUCAUUCAAUAUGGGACAUAUGGAGCUGUUGCUUUGGCAGAAUCUGAAGGCCCAUUGCCAGUGGUUCCAUAUAUAAGUGCUAAUAUUAAUAGUGCAAAGAUGUAUGGGGCUAGUUCUGAGAAAAUUAAUGAGGUUAUGAAACUUUUUGAUAUUCCUGAAAGUGCAAAUAAUGUUAGAAUAGCUACUAAAUGUACCUUCGAUACAAAUUCUAAAAGAGUAAUUCCUAUAAAUAAUUCAGAUUCUAACUUAAUAUCUGAUUUUGAUGAGAAACUUCCUUUGAAAUUGGCUAUAAAGGCUUCUUUCCACUAUACAUAUACUAGAGAGUUAUAUUAUACAACUCUUUUGUCCCAGCAAAUAUUCCCUGUGUUACCGGCUAAAACAUAUGGAUAUGGUAAAAUCAGAAUAACACCUAGAAUAUACUGCUUUACAUCAUCGAAGGAUCCAGUAAUGACUAGACUUUUAAUAAGUGAAAAAAUUGAUGGUGUUACAAUUCAGGUUCUGAUACGUUGGCUAACUUCCCCAGUAUAUUUAAAUUGGAUAGCUUCGGCAAGAAAUAGCAAGGAAUUACAAAAGAGAUUGGACAAUAGAGCUGAAGUUAUUUGGAUUUUUAUACAUUCACUUUUAUCUACCCUAACUUCAUUUUAUAUGCAUUCUGAAUUUGGGUAUAUUGUACAUUGUGAUUUGAAUAGUGGAAAUAUACAAGUAGCAAAUACGAGUUUUGAUCCAAAUAGUUGGGAUUAUGAGAAUAAUAUUAAUGCACUUUUAUUAAUGACACCAGAAAAUAUUAAGAUUUUAGAUUUUGGUGAAACUAGGAGUACUUUAGAGGAGAGCAUUCAAGAUUUAAAAUGCAGCCAUCCGAGUGAUAUGUGGAGAAUAAAAUUUAUAUUGACAAGAUUAUUGAUUAUAGAUAAAAGAACACACCCAAAUUUAAUAGGCUGGACAGUUGAAUUUCCUAAUACAAAGAGUGGUCAGCCUCUUACUGGGAAAAGAAAUAGAAUUCUAAAUCAUAUGGAUAUACUUAAACAAUUUCAUGAUGCCGUGAUAGAAGAUCCGGAAUUUGCGAAAUCAAGAGAUCUAUAUAGUACAUUUGAAACCCUCGCAGAUGGUCUAGAUUCGUUAUGUGAUAUUCUAGUGCGUUACAUUGCGAAAUUUAAAGAAAUAUCUACCUUUAUAACUCAUGAUAAGCGAGAGUACAUUUCAUGUAGUCCUUUAGAAGCUGGGAAUGCAAGGGAAACUCCAAUUAGAAUGUAUAGAGCUGAUUUACAAAACAAGCUUAAAAGUCCCAUAUUCCCUGAAAAAUCCGCAACUUUAAAAAGAAAGCGAAAUGAGAACAAAGGUAGAGCUCCAGCUAAUUCAGAGGUAAACAAGAAUACUGAAAAUAAUCAGAAAUUUUAUAUUAAUCAACAGAUUCCGCAAGGUAAUAAAAAUUUGAAGAACAGAGAAACUAUAAUUUCAAAUGAAAAGCCAAUUAAUCAAGGUGUGGUUUCUCUUGAUGGAAUUCAUGGGAUGGGUGUUGGAAGUACAAGUGAAUCCAAUAUGAAAACAGUUCCUAUUCAGUUAAUAGAACCUUCCAAUAUAAAAAUGGUUGGGAAAUAUAACAAAAAUAUUGUUGCCACAAGCAUUGGUCUUCUCCAAGAUGAAAAUAUAGAUGCAGGUAAAAAUACAAGAGAAAUUCCAAUUUUUGCUGGAGAUCCAAAUGUAGAAAUGCAUAAAAUUGAACAAGUAGAUUCUCUACCAUUAAUUUGUGAGUUUAUCAAUAAUUCUAAGUCCAAAGAUGCAAGAAAAUGGUUAUAUCGCCUUAAAAUGCGAAAUUCUGCUUUACAAAGAAUGAUUGGAGAUAUUGAAUUAGCUUCUAAAGAAGUGGCAGAAAGACUAUUUGUAACAAUUGAAGUAAUUACCAAGAAACCAACCAUAUCUGCGAGUGAUCAAAGACAACUUAAAGCUCUUGAAAAUAGUCGUUCUAAACUUCUCUAUACUAUUAAAUCAUGUCCAAAUAUUAUCCAAAAUCUCACUAAAGAAAAUAAUAGAGCCUCAGAAGAUGUAAAUAAGGGGAUUGAAGCCUUUGAAAAUGAGAGACAUAGGAUUCUCAAAAGAUGCACAGAACUGAGCAAAUUUGUACCAAAGAAUGAAGAGGAAGCUGUCAGAGCAGCUCAAAAAACUAGGGAAAUUAUAGGAAGAGGUAAAAAACUCCUUUAUUAUCGAUUUCAUCUGCAAGAAGCAAUGAACAGUGCAUAUGAGUUGAUGCACUCUGAAGCUAGAAAGGUUCAGCGACUCAUCGAGCUUUGCCAGGAGGGAAUGAAGGGUGAAAAUGAGUUUAAAGAAAGAUUUAAUAUUCUUAUAGACAGGAUUUCUGAGUAUAAAGUUUAA